CAGGGCGAAUGAUGGGCGCUUAUCACGGUUUAUGAUUUCAGUUCUUAUCAAGCUUUUCCAGUGGGAAGGAACUAUCGUGAUAAGUGCUUCACGAAUGAAUGUCCUUAACAUAACAAGAUUGAGUAAGAAGAGUUCGCGAUGGGUUCCAUCAAUUGGGGAGAGUUAUUCCCGGGAAGAUGGAGUCCCGCCAUUUUUAUUUCGUAUAUGGCACUUUACGUAAAUCAAGGUAUUAUUGUAACCUGGUCACAGAGAAAUGGAUCCUAUGAAUUCAAUAUUAUUAUGGUGGUGUUGAUAACAGAAGUAUUGAAGUUGAUUGCUUCAACAAUCUUGUAUUGUAAAGAUAAUAGUAUUGCAAAUCUUUGUGAAAGCAUAGGAGAGAAUAAAAGAGUGCUACUACUGUACAUGAUACCUUCAUUUCUAUAUUGUUUAUACAAUAAUCUGGCAUUUAUCAAUUUGGCUGCAUUUGAUCCAACAACUUAUUACAUUUUAUUGCAAUUUCGUGUUGUUGUGACAGGAAUUAUUUUCCAAGUUGUUUUUAAUCAAAAACUGUCUGUAAAACAAUGGUUUUCGCUAAUAAUAUUAACCAUUGGAUGCAUGGUAAAACACAUAGAUUUGGAUUUUGAUGCCAGUAUAUUUAAUACCAAACUUAAUUUAAAUAGUAAUAUAAUUUUCAUAUUUGUUCAGACAAUUUGCUCCUGUCUGGCUGGAGUAUACACUGAAUAUUUACUUAAAGACAGAGCGAAAAUUAAUAUUUUUGUACAGAAUGUAUUUAUGUACAGUGAUAGUAUUUUUUGGAAUCUUAUUAUUCUUCUAGUAAUCUUUAUCUCGAAAAGUGACAUAUCUGAUAUGUUUAGUAAUGUUGAUGCCAGUAUACUUCUGCAACCGAAAGUUAUUUUAAUUAUGCUGAAUAAUACAGGAAUUGGAAUAAUUACAAGUUUCUUCUUGAAAAAUUUGAAUUCGAUAGUAAAGACUUUUGCAAGCGCACUAGAGCUGGUGUUCACUGCUAUUUUAAGUUGGUUCAUAUUCAGUAUUCCUAUUCAUAUGAAUACAGUGCUUUCCAUUGCUAUGGUGAGCUAUGCAGUGAUAUUAUAUUCACAAAAUCCAGUACAAAAUGUUUGUAGUACAAAAAAAAACGUAAUCAUAAGAGCGUAAAACAUACCCUUCUUUC